AGAAUGCGGCACUACAUCACGAUCGACUGUCUGAAGGAGCCUGAGCAGUCCGCGUGGAUGGACACCUGGCUUAAAGGAACCGAUGAGAAUAUGAUAACUGUGACAAGCCUGUCUCGUGCCUCGUUCAACCAACUCUUGUCGAGAUUCGUGCUGUACUACGAGAUUCCUAUCUACAGUACAAAAGGUGGUCGCCCUAGGAAGCUCCAGCAC